AUGUCCGGUGAGACGGAGAUCGAAGUGUCCGUUGUCUCCGAGGAGGAUUUGGAACUGGAGGGCUCCCGGAGCAGCUCCACGCCGGCCGAUCUGUUGCUGCAGGAGAAGAACGGGAAAUCCGGCUGCGGCCUGAACAAUCACCACCACUCGUUCAGUUUUGACUCGGUGAGCAAACCCGCGCUCAGGCCGGCCUGCAAUCCGCAGUACACGUCCUUCAGCAUCUCCAGCAUCCUCGGCAGACCGGAGUCGCCGCCGGUCGACUCGGCCACGUCCACGGGAUCCGGCGAGAGACAAUCGUCGGACGUGGACAGAACGUCGCCGCCGGCGGGCUCGCAGAACUCGCAGAGGAUCCCGCCUUCCUGCGGCAGCCCCGGAAGAGCCUCGUCCUCGCCCACGUCCCUCAGAUUGUCCGGCGGCCAGCGCGGUAUACCGGUGUCGGGGCACACCGGGUUGGAAACUAGGACCAAUUCGGCGGGUAUUGCUAUCGGAUGUGCUACCAGUGCUAACAGUCCAGCCGCGACCUUCUCACCGCCAGGCGACGCAGCCUCCAAUCCGCUCUUAGGACAUCAAGCCGAUCUCGCAAUGAUAUCAAGAUUGCUCGCGAGCCGAUACCCGGUCGGCAUCGGCGGUUUGUUUUACCCGUCAACGCUGCAACAUCUCCAUCAGCAGCAACAGCAGCAUCAGCAUCACUCGCGAUUGGCGGCCGCGGCGUCGUCCGCCCUCAGCAACGCCGUGCAGGUCGCCGGACAAUCGCCGGACAUUGUCGACGCCGACGGCAUCCGCGGCGUUUUACUCGGUGGCGCCGGCUGGGCGUUUCCAUGGAGGCCAUCGCACGGUUUGCAGACGCUCGAGCAUCCCUCGCCGAGCGACAUGGUCGGCUCCCUUAGCCGCGUCAGCCCCGCGUCCGCGUCUUUCCCUCAACGAGACGAACUCGACGACGACAACGGCGACGAUCGUUUGCACCGCACUAGAAGUCCAUCGAGCGGCGACGAGGCGCACGACGACCUCGGCGAAGUGGACGACUGUGCGGACGCCGACGGCGAAGCCGAGUCUACGUCAACGAGUCUUCACGGCACUUCUGGUGGCGGGAGUGGUGGAGGAGGUGGCGGCGGCGGAGGCGGCGGCGGGGGCAACAACAAUAACAACGGUCAAAACAACGUGCAGGUCGGCGUGGACGGUCGUGAAUCCAACAGCAUAAAGCGCAAGAAGAAGACCAGGACGGUGUUCUCCAGGUCGCAAGUGUUCCAGUUGGAGAGCACGUUUGACAUGAAGCGCUACCUUUCGUCGUCGGAGCGCGCCGGUCUCGCGGCCUCGCUCAGGCUCACGGAGACCCAGGUGAAGAUCUGGUUCCAGAAUCGCAGAAACAAGUGGAAGCGACAGCUGGCAGCCGAGUUAGAGGCAGCGAACAUGGCGCACGCCACCCAGAGGCUAGUCAGAGUGCCGAUUUUGUACCACGAAGCGUCGGCCGGCACCGGCGCGUCCGCCGGCGUCUCCGUCUCGGUAUCGGCGCCGGGUCCGCCGGGUCCGCCGGUGCCGUCGUCGGUUGCUACUUCCGCUCUUUCGCACUCAGUCGGCGUCGGGGUGGGCGUCGGCGUCGGCGUCGGCGUCGGCACUUCGUGCGCGCCUACCACGGCGCAGCCCAUCUUCUACUCCCAUCACCAUCAGCACCACCAUCACCACCCCGCGGCUGCCCACGUGCAGGCGCACAGUCUCCUAUCCCACCAGGUGCACCCUCAACCUCCCCCGCCACCCCCGCCACCGCCUAACGGCCAACCACCGCGGACGUCCUCGCAAUAA